UCGGCUAGUCAUGGCGGCGCGGCUGUGUGCACGGCACCUCCUUUCGACGUGGCUCUACAGGCGAGCAGCGCAGAGCCAAGGCCGGCACUACCGCGCCGCACUCUGCUCCGAGUUGAAGCGUCCCCUGGUCAUUGAAGAGGUGGCUUCCCGCCCUGUCGGGCCACAGGAGGUCAGAGUUGAUGUUCAUUUCUGUGGCAUUAACUUUGCCGAUAUUCUGGUCUGUCGUGGCCAGUAUCAGGAAAAACCUCCUCUUCCCUUUACACCCGGAAUGGAGUUUUCUGGGACUGUCCUGGAGACAGGAAAAGAUGUCAGCACUGUGAACAAGGGAGAUCGGGUUAUUGGAGUUUGUCCUAACCUGAACGCUAUGGCCGAAGAGUGUGUUAUCGACCAGAAGACCCUGUGGCGGAUUCCAGAAAGCGUCUCUCUACAGGAUGCUGCAGUCCUACCGGUGUCUUAUGGCACAGCUAUUUUGGCUUUAGAGCAUCGGGCUGGCACCCAGCCUGGAGAAACUGUUCUAGUAACGGCAGCCUCUGGAGCCACAGGCCUUGCGGUGAUCGAUGUGGCGACAAAUGUUCUCCGGGCCAAGGUCAUAGCUGCCGCUGGAAGCGAUGAGAAGUGCAAGCUGGCCAUGGAGCGGGGUGCACAGUUCAGCGUGAACUACAGCCAGGGCAGCCUGAAGGAGGCAGUGAAGAAGCUGGUGGGCAGUGGUGGGGUGAAUGUGGCCGUCGACAUGGUGGGAGGAGACGUCUUCCUGGAGUCUCUCAGCAGCCUGGCGUGGGAAGGCAGGAUUGUGGUGUUGGGAUUCGCUGGAGGAAAAAUCGCCUCUCUGCCCACCAACUUGUUGCUCCUGAAGAAUAUCUCUGCCGUAGGCCUAUUCUGGGGUCGCUACCAACAGCAGGACUUUGCAUUGUUUUCCAAGAGCAUGUCCUCAGCCCUGCAGUACUGCCAGCAAGGGCUCAUCCACCCACACGUCGGCGCUGUGUUCAAACUGGAGAAGGUCAACGAGGCCUUCCUUCAUGUGAUACAACGCAGAUCCACAGGCAAGGUGCUCCUCUCCCUGAAGUAAAUCCUCACCUAGGCAGCAGACUCGGGAUCUGAUCUCCCUCUGCAUUGUAAAGGGCACUGUCUUCCUGACUGACCCAGGUGCCACAUCUUGGUGACAGUUCCCUUUGUCUCUGCUUUCUUGUUGCUCAUAAUCAGCGUGAUCACAGAGGUUCUUGCCCAAACUCUGCUCUUUCUGAGAGCAAAAGGUAUGAUUAGUAAUUCUACAAGAAGAACAUGCCUCAGGAAAGCCGGGGGGAUGUAUGCUCACCUAAAUCAGAGUGUUUCAGCCACCAAGUCUGUUGUCUCCCCCACCCCCUAGUUGUCCCUGUGCCUCCACCCCUCCUUUUCUAUUCUGAUUAUGUCUUCUCUCUGAUUGGCUUUUCCUACGGCUAAACUCUCCCAUUCCAUCUUCAUCUGUGUUUCAUAUUAUCGCCGUGGGGUCUCCCUGAAUCAGCUCUGACUGUCUCAUCUCAGUGUCUCAGCAUUUUCUACACUGUGGAGCUCAGACUCCUUGAGCAGACACUGCAUUGUGACUCACUUGUCCCUUCCCAUUCUUCCAGAAUCAUCUCCACAAUCCCCCAGCGCCCAAGUGUGCCUCUGCUGAUCCCCGUCCUGUGCUCCGUUCCUGUGGUUUCCUCUCCUCCGCCUCUAAGGCCUUCUGAUCUGCAGGCCUGGCCUUUUCCAUUUGCCUGCAUUGCUCUCUGCUGCUGCUGCUGCCUUCCUGACUCCUCCCCCAGGAUUUGCCAUUCCCCUUGAAUCCCGGGGACACAUGUGUAGUGGGAGGAACUCAGGCUUCUGAAUCUAAGAUGUGGGUUUGAAUCCCACCCUCCCUGCUGCAGGACGGUGACUCAAGUGAUUGGCAUUUUGCUUUUCUUGCUGUAAAUCAGUGGUUCUCAGCCUGUGGCUUGUGACCCCCUGGGGGUUGACUGACCCUUUCAUAGGGGUCACGUAUCAGCUAUCCUGCAUGUCAUAUAUUUACAUUAUGAUUCAUAACAGCAGUAAAUUUAUAGUCACGAAGUAGGAAGGAAAAUAGUUUUCUAGUUGGAGGUCACUACACCAUGAGGAGGUGUAUUAAAGUGUUGCAGCGUUAGGAAGGCCGAGAACCACUGCUGCAAAGUGACUGUCGCAGUAUCUGUCUUUCAGAGUUUCUGUGGCCAGCCGGUACAUGAGGUAAUUGGGUAAAGCACAUUGCAAUGGUAAUCUGUUAGUGAAUGCUGGUUCCUUCCACUUUCUCUUCUUUCCAGACAAGUUACAAGUUCUUGAGAUACAAGUUCUUGAGAGUGUCAUGUUUGAGUCCCCUAUAGACUUUCUAUACCUUCUACCAUUUAACUUAUCUAAAGUCUUAAAUUGCAGGAGUAUAUUAAGAAUGUGUUGCCCUGAAAACAACCCAAAUACCUCUUAACAAGUGAAUGUGUACAUAUGCAUACUAGUAUAUUUUUAUAUAUAACACAUAUAUAAUAUAUAUUAUAAUGCAUAUGUAUUGUAUAACUGUGCAUACAUUGGGACUGUCAAAUUCAACAAGACAUAAAGUAGGUGGUCGUCAGGAGCCCUCUUGAAAUAGAUCCUGGUAAACCUGACACCCCUUUCAGGGGGAAUUAGGAAGUUACUUAAGGCAUGUGGAGUUUCAGGUUGGGAAAAUGAAACAAAAUCUAUGGAAAUGCGUGAUAGUGAUAACCAUCCUAAUGAACCACUGAAGUGUACACUUUCAAUUGUUUUAAAAAUGAUUGAAAUGGUAAAUGUUAGGCAUGUUUUGCCACAAUAAAUCAGU